AUGGCGGCGGUUUGGUCCGUGGUGCGGCGGUUCGACCAGCCGCAAACGUACAAGCAGUUCGUGCGCAGCUGCAUGCUGCUGGUAGGCGACGGCGGUGUGGGCAAGGUGCGCAUCAUGUACGGCCUCCCCACGGCGUCUAGCCACGAGCGCCUCGACAUCCUGGACGACGACUCGACGAGAGCCACGUCCUCAGCAUCUCGGUCGUCAGUAGCGAGCACCGGCUCCAGAACUAUCUCUCCGUCACCACCGUCCACCCGUCUCCUGCUACGCCCGACGCCACCACCGCCGUCGUGGAAGGACGUGGCGCCGGGCAACACUGCCGAAGACACCCGCGUGCUCGUCGACACCAUCAUCAAGUGCUACUAA